UAUCAUGAUUGGUAAAUAGAUUUUACUUUCGAUUUGCUUUUCGUUUUUUUGAAAAGGGUAAUAAAUAGAACAUGUCUAGGUUCAACGUUUAAUUCUUAUUUUGGUUGGAAAAAGUAAAGAUUUGGAUUAAACAAAGUGACUUCAUAAUGGCGGGCGUUAAAGAAGAGACGGCUCCCAUAUUAAAAUGUGGACCUUGUAUGUUUGAUGGCAGUACAGUGGAGCCCAGAUAUUUCUGCGUGGACUGUCUGGAAUACCUUUGUACCGAGUGCAUACGAGAUCACAGGAGAAAUAAGUUAUUACGUGAACAUAAAAUACUUGAAGAGGAUGAAAUUCCGCAGGAUAUUCAAUUGUUUGAAGAAAUGAAGAAAUUAUCUUACUGUAACAAACACUCAUAUGUGGAAAUUGACCAAUACUGCCCAAGUCAUGAUGUUUUAAUUUGCACGUUUUGUUUGCAAAACGACCAUAGGCUCUGCGAAGGUCUUUCUGACAUUUCAUGUGUGCUUGAAGAUGUAUCCAGACGUAAAAAUGUGGAACAACAUACCCAUGAUCUUCGAAGUAAGUGCAAAGCAAAUGACACUGAAAUGAUGCAAACAUUAGAAGAAGCCCAGAAUGAUAUCAAUAAAGUGCAGAAAGACAUAAAUGAUUUUUUUCAUAGUUUAAAGUAUAACAUUGGCAUUUUAGAAAAGACAUUGAAUGAAAAGGUCGAACAUGAGACUCUGCGUUUAAGAACUUAUGAGCAAAAAUUGUCAAAUCUUGAAAAGAAAGCUUCAUAUUACGCAAAUUUGCACACUGUUACGUCCAAGUAUGGGACAUCAAAACAGAGAAUUGCCAUGAACUUCAAAGUGUCGACGUUACUAAAGGAAAUUGAGACUGAUGACUCCGCGAAGUCCGUAAACAAUAAUCACAUUCAAUUUAUUCAACCGACAAAGGUAGAAGAUCUGAUAACUAUGUUACAACAAUUCGAUUUAGUGCUGACUCGCAAGGACAAUCAAGACUCCGAAUUUAGCAGUGACGAAGCAUCGCUGUAUGAGGAUGCAGUGGAAUGUAUUGAACCGAAUGCAGAAGUGGAAGCCACACAAGAGGAAGAAAUAUUGGCAACAUGCGAAAUGGUUCCCAAGGAAAGUUUGCGUCGUUUGCAGGUGAUUGGUAAUCGAAUAAGUUUGCUUAAGUUGGAAAGUCAGCCCACCGAAGAAUUCAAGACUUGUGUUGUAUCAGUAGACAUUUUAUAUGACGGAAGAGUAAUAUUGUUGCAACAAGAAAAUAUUUUGCAAUUGCAUUCACAAAAGCUAUCAUUAAUAUCCAAAGUCCAAUUACAACACAAGGUUAAAGACAUGUGUGUUGUAGAACAAUACAGAAAUGGCCCUUUUAAAGUAGCUGUGUGCUUUGAUCAAUCGUGUAAAAUUGCAAUCUUAAAAAAUAUUCGUGAAUUUCGCCAAAACAACGAGAUUGAUUGCAGCAACAGGGUUCUCAAUAUAUCAAUGUAUGUUCAUCAUUUGGUAGCCCUUGUCGAACGGGACGGUUCAAAACCAUCCUAUGAAAUUCAACUGCUUGACAUUUCGACUGGCCACGUAUGUUACGUAUUUGACGAGUUCAAGCUUUUCUCGAGCAUUAAUGAAGGCUUUUGGCCUGUUGUGUCUUUAUGUAAACCCAACAGAAUAUCUACAUGUAAAAAGGAUAUGAAAGUUAUUGUAGCUGAUGAGAAAACAAUUUACCGUUUUAACAUCAAAGACGGCGAAUGUGAGCAUAACACGUUGUAUGCAGUAGGACUAUGCGUGUGGUACUAUGAUGCAGAACGGGGUAAUAUAAAUAAAUGCAAACCCCCGGAACUUAAGAAAUCUAGCGAUGUUAAAUGCGAUAGUCAGGGGAAUAUGUAUGUUUUAACAAACCAUGGCUUGUAUCAGUUAUAUAGCAUGAAUUCGUGGUCAUACGGCUGUUGUAUGCAACGUCUCAUUACAUGUUUCGAAAGCGCUUCAUCAAUGACCAUAGAUGUACACAGGAACCGGAUAAUAGUAGGUUACAUGGAUGCAGAUCGUGCGCACGUGUUCGAGUUCAGUGUGGCUCGUGACAAAUGAGGUUACUGCAUUUGUGUGUGAUCAAUUAGUCAAAAUAUGAGCCACAUUUUUUAUACUCUCGUAACUUGAAUAAGCUCUUAUUUAUGCUGGUGGCACUCCUCGUUUGAUGAUUUCUUUGGACGACAUGUCAUAGGUUGAUAUUUUAAUAAUCUGUUAUCGUCAAAAUGCCGCAUAUACGUACGUUAUUUAGUAUCAUCGUAGUGAUUAUAUAGAUUAAUAGUUAUGUGUAGCCUAGUUAAUGCACGUGAUUCCUCAUCCUUGCUGCCACUUUAAAAAACGCAAGAUUUACGCUGACGAGCGGACGUUGCACGCAUAAAUGAAUAUGUACAUCUGCGAGUAAAUAUAGUUAAACAUUCCUAAUCAUAAUAAUACGUAUCAGUAUUUUUGGUAUUAUUAGUAGUAGUCGUAUUGGAAUGAUACAGUUAAUGAAUGUCACAUCGUUUGCAUUCUCUGUACCGCUAAUCCAUUUUUAACAAUUUUAUUAGCUUGACUUAUCGAAGAAAAAUGAGAGCUAUACUACUCGCCCCGGCGUCGGCGUUGGUUAAAUGUUUUAAUAAAGUGAAAUAACUUUAACACUAUCAAAGAUAAUUAACUCAAACUUGGAAUACUUCUUUAUGGCAACAAGACAAUUGUGUAGGCCAAGGUGCAUAACUCUCUCAGCAUUAUUUUUAGAGUAAUGCCUCUUUUUAUACUUAGAAAAUUUAAAUUUUGUUUAAGUUUUGUUUUUAGGUCCACUUUAUUCCUAAAGUAUCAAAGCUUUUGCUUUGAUACUUGCAACACUUACUAUCAUAAGGGGACUGUGCAUGCAAAGUUAUGUAACUCUGACUGACAUUUUGACAGAAUUAUGGCCCCUUUUAUGCUUAGAAAAUUGAAAAUUUGGUUAAGUUUUGUGUUUUGGUCCUUUUUACCCCUAAAGUAUUAUAGCUAUUGCUUUCAGACUUGGAACACUCGCUAACUAUCAUAAGGGGACUGUACAGGACAAGUUGCAUAACUCUGGUUGGCAUUUUGACGGAAUGAUGGCCCUUUUUGACUUAGACACUUUGAAUAUUUAGUUAAAAUUCGUGUUUAGAUGCACUUUACUUCUAAUGUAUCAUGGCUAUUGCUUUCAAACUUCAAAUACUUUCUUACUAUUAUGAGGGAACAGAUACCUGGCAAGUUGAAUUUAACCUUGUUCUUUGAAUGACAUUGAAUCUCAAGGUCAAAUAAAUAAAUGUUGCUUAAAUUGCCAUAACUUCUUUAUUUAUGAACAGAUUUGAUUCAUACUUUGACAAAACAACACUUACUUGAAAUACCACAAUGGAUUCAACCCAAACCAUCCUCCACGCCUUACCCCAGAAUCCCUACCCCCCAAUAAAUAAAUAAAUAUUUUUUUCCAUUUUUUUUCCGUUAUUUUUUAAAUAUCAUCUUAUAAAUUACCACACACACACAUUAUUCCCCCUCUCCCCUCCCCCCCCCCCCCACACAAAGGAUUUUUUGUUUUGAAACAUGGUAAAAAAAAAUAAAUAAUUAUUUUCAUUAUUUUUAUUUUUGAAAGACCGUCCAACCGUCCCACCCAAGCUAUUGCUAUCAAACUUGAAAUAUAAUUUUAUUAGUUUGUUUUAUGUCUUUACAAAUGUUCAAUAGAUUGUGGAAAAUAUACCUGAACUCAAUCGUCUACAAUAUACCACUUCUUUAAAACAUAAGCGAUCAAAAUAUGUUUCAAUUAUGGUCCUCUUCCAGUUAGAAUAUGACUAUAUUACCUUGACCUUGAAUAUAAACAAUAUCCCCAUGAUGGCUUAUGUUAUACAGGCAAGCACUCGAAAAGUCGAGCGCGCUGUGUGGCAGCUCUUGUGUUGAAAUUAUGUUUUUUACUGUUAUAUUAAGAUUCAUGCAUUGUUGCAGAUCAUAAAACUAUAAUCUUAGUCUGCAAACAAUAUGGUCAACGAAACAACCAAGUUUAUUGCUUGUCAUUAACCCACGAAGGGCUAACUAAGCCGGCGACCGACACACAUUAUUUUUUCUAAUGAAAAUUGAUUAUUUGCUCUUGUUUUCAUAUGAAAAAACACGGGAAAGCCUCCUUUGUUGUGCUUAUGUUUUUCUUCGACAUAAAAGCGACUGGUCCCCAUAUUAAGAUCCUUAAUGCUAAAACCGAACCAAAUAUAAUAUGAUGCGAUUAAUAGGGAUAACUGGAUAAAGAUGUUUGCUAUGUCGUAUGUUUAAAAUAAAGUAACAAGAGUUUUCAAAACGAUUUAACCUGUUAAAUGUAUGUAUUUUGUAAAUAAUUUUGUAGUGUAUACUUGCUUAUGAUUAUAGAGUUUUCUUUUAUUAAAUGUGUUAUAAUUUUACAUCCACAUAUGCUUAUUGGAAAAAAAAGUUAGCAGUUGCUUGUUCUUUGGUCGGGGAAAAUAUAUCUUUAAAAUGUUAAAAGCUUGUUAUGCUUUUAUUUUUGAAUGCACAACAUUUAUAUUUAUUGACCGAGAACGCUUAUUUACACAUCGUAUUGUUUUCUUUAUUGUAUCAAACCUAAACCCAUUAUUUAAUCGUUUAAACUGCU